UCACAUGACUCGGUGUCUUCCGCCCUCUGAAGCUGGAGCUGCAUGUGCAGCUGUGAGGAGCCCCGCUGGGGUUGGGGGCAUUGUGCCCCCAGCCCCAUUCUCCUCCUGAGUCUUCUGUUGGCAGCUCCGUUUGGCCUGCUGCAGGGGGAGGAGACCCGCCAGGUGACUCUGGAGGUCAUCCCUGACUCGAUGGGGCUCCCCCAAAACCUGCUUCAUAUCCGAGCAGUGGGCACCAAUUCCACGUUGCACUAUGUGUGGAGCAGCCUCGGGCCUCCAGCCGUGCUGCUGGUGGCCACCAAUACCCCCCACAGCAACCUGAGCGUCAACUGGAGCCGCUUGCUCUCCCCUGAGCCUGAUGGGGCCCUGAUGGUGCUUCCCAAAGACAGCAUCCAGUUUUCUUCUGCCCUUGUCUUUACCAGGCUGUUCGAGUUUGACAGCACCAACACGUCCGAUGUGGCAGCAAAGCCUCCGGGAACACCGUAUCCCCCAUACUCCUUGGCCGAGUUCUCCUGGAACAACAUCACUGACUCACUGGAUCCUGCCACCCUGAGUGCCACAUUUCGAGGCCACCCCAAUCACGACCCCACCCGGGCUUUUGCCAAUGGCAGCCUGGCCUUCAGGGUGCAGGCGUUCUCCAGAUCCGGCCGACCAGCCCAACCACCUCGCCUCCUGCACACCAUGGACACCUGCCAGCUAGAGGUGGCCUUGGUUGGGGCCUCUCCCCGAGGAAACCGCUCCCUUUUUGGGCUGGAGGUAGCCACCUUGGGCCAGGGCCCUGACUGCCCCUCAAUGCAGGAGCAGCACUCCAUCGACGACGAAUAUGCACCUGCUGUCUUCCAGUUGGACCAGCUGCUAUGGGGCUCUCUCCCAUCAGGCUUUGUGCAGUGGCGACCAGUGGCUUUCUCCCAGAAGCAGGGGGGCCGAGAAUCAGCCCUUCCCUGUCAAGCUUCCCCUCUUCAUCCCACCUUGGCAUACCUUCUCCCCGAGUCACCCAUUGUCCGAGCCUUCUUUGGAUCCCAGAACAACUUCUGUGCCUUCAAUCUGACAUUUGGGGCUUCUACAGGCCCUGGCUACUGGGACCAACACUACCUCAGCUGGUCGAUGCUCCUUGGUGUGGGUGCCCCUCCAGUGGAUGCCUUGUCCCCCUUAGUCCUAGGCAUCAUGGCAGUGGCCCUGGGUGCUCCAGGACUCAUGCUGCUUGCAGGAGGCCUGUUUCUGCUGCUGGGCCCCAAGAGGUACUCAGAAUAUCAGCCCAUAAAUUGAGGCCCGCUCUCUAGACGGAAGGACGUUACUGGACCUGCCAUGCUGUGUCUUAAAACCGCUGCAGGUUGAGGGUCAGUGUUCCCAGCCAGCUACUCCUUUCUCCCAUCUCACUUUUCUGAAGAACCUGAGACUAGCCUCAACUCCUGGGAACCACCAGAUGGACCUUCCUUCAGACUCUGUAGAGGGACCAGGACCAGGGUUAUUGCUAGAGGGAGGGUGCCCUUCUUUGGAGCCUACCCACCCCUCCAGCCCCCAUUUCUCUUGGAUAGGACUCGGAGGCCAAAACGAAAGGCUGGCUGACUGGUUGCUGCUUUGCCGGCUUGAAAUAGACUUAUUUUUCCCACAGGA